AUGGCAGAGAAGGAAGGAGGAAUUGUCAAGAAGGGUCAUGAAGAGGGGCUAAAACUGGCAACUUCUCUUCUUGAGGAGUUUGGACUUCCUUUGGGACUUCUACCACUAGAAGAUGUGAUCGAAGUCGAGCACAACUUCAAGAUGAUCAGCAAGCUUGUCAGCUAUGAUAGUGAAAUAACUGGUUAUGUCAGCAAGAAGUUGAUCAAGAAACUCAAGGGAGUAAAGGCUAAGGAGCUCAUGCUUUGGCCUCCCAUUAUUGAGAUAAUUGUUGAUAACCCGCCCACUGGUAAAAUUCACUUCAAGAGACUUGCCAGCAUCACCAAAACUUUCCCAGUUGGGGCAUUUGCUGGUGGCCAAUAA